GGAGGGGAGGGGGGGCUGAGAGCAGCAGGCAUCCCCUGCCCAUGAGGGCCUGAUGGAAAACACAAAGGACCUGCUGCAGGCAUCUUGGAGUGGUUCAAAGUAAAGAUCGAAACCUAACAAGAAAGGGAGAGACUAGGAAAGAGAAGGGUGCCAACACUUCCGCCUGGGUCUGGCCGCUCGAGAUGUUCUUUUGUAUUGUCGCUUCUCUCCCAACAGAAAGAUGUGGACUGAGCAUUCUUCACGGUCAGAAAGGAAGAGACGUGACUCAUUCGGGAUGUUUGACGGUUAUGAUAGUUGUAGUGAGGACACUAGUAGCAGCUCAAGCUCUGAUGAGAGUGAAGAAGAAGUUGCUCCCUUACCAUCCAGUCUCCCCAUUAUCAAGAAUAAUGGACAGGUCUAUACUUAUCCAGAUGGUAAAUCUGGCAUGGCUACCUGUGAGAUGUGUGGGAUGGUUGGUGUCCGAGAUGCUUUUUACUCUAAGACAAAGCGUUUCUGUAGUGUUUCGUGCUCCAGAAGUUAUUCAUCAAACUCCAAGAAGGCCAGCAUUCUGGCCAGACUUCAGGUAACGGGUAAACCUCCAACUAAAAAGGCUAAAGUUCUGCAGAAACAACCUUUAGUGGCUAAACUAGCAGCAUAUGCUCAGUACCAGGCUACAUUGCAGAACCAAGUGAAGACUAAAACAGCAGCUGUCCCUGUUGAAGGUUUCAGUUGGGGUAACUACAUUACUAGCAAUAAUUUAACAGCAGCUCCUGUCACCUGUUUUAAACAUGCACCCAUGGGGACAUGCUGGGGUGAUAUCUCAGAAGGAGUGCGAGUGGAAGUUCCAAACACAGACUGCAGCCUACCUACCAAAGUCUUCUGGAUAGCUGGAAUUGUGAAAUUAGCAGGCUACAAUGCUUUGCUGAGAUAUGAAGGGUUUGAAAACGAUUCAAGUGUUGACUUCUGGUGCAACGUGUGUGGGUCUGACAUCCACCCAGUUGGUUGGUGUGCAACUAGUGGGAAGCCUCUAGUCCCACCAAGAACAAUCCAACACAAAUACACAAACUGGAAAGCUUUUCUCGUGAAGCGACUUACUGGUGCCAAAACUCUUCCUCCUGACUUUUCUCAGAAGGUUUCAGAAAGUAUGCAGUAUCCUUUCAAACCUUCCAUGAGAGUAGAAGUUGUUGACAAAACGCAUCUCUGUCGAACACGGGUAGCAGUUGUAGACAGUGUAAUUGGAGGACGAUUAAGAUUGGUAUAUGAAGAAAGUGAAGACAAAAAUGAUGAUUUCUGGUGCCAUAUGUACAGCCCACUCAUUCAUCACAUUGGUUGGUCCCGAAGUAUAGGACAUCGCUUCAAAAGAUCUGAUAUUACAAAAAAACAAGAUGGACAUUAUGAUGCACCGCCACACUUAUUUGCAAGGGUAAAAGAAGUAGAUCCAAGUGGAGAAUGGUUCAAGGAGGGAAUGAAAUUGGAAGCUAUCGAUCCCUUAAACCUGUCUGCAAUAUGUGUUGCAACCAUUAGGAAGGUGUUAGCAGAUGGAUAUCUAAUGAUCGGGAUUGAUGGCUCAGAAGCAGCAGAUGGGUCUGACUGGUUUUGUUACCAUGCCACCUCCCCUUCUAUUUUCCCUGUUGGUUUCUGUGAAAUUAAUGCAAUUGAGCUAACUCCACCCAGAGGUUAUGCAAAACUCCCUUUCAAAUGGUUUGACUACCUCAGGGAAACUGACUCUAUAGCAGCACCUGUAAAACUCUUCAAUAAGGAAGUUCCAAACCAUGGGUUUCACAUUCGAAUGAAACUGGAGGCUGUAGAUCUUAUGGAACCGCGCCUUGUAUGUGUGGCCACAGUAACCCGCAUCAUCCAUCGUCUAUUGAGGAUACAUUUUGAUGGCUGGGAAGAAGAAUAUGACCAGUGGGUGGAUUGCGAAUCCCCUGACCUCUAUCCUGUAGGGUGGUGCCAAUUAACUGGAUAUCAACUACAGCCUCCUGCACCACAAACAGCAAGAGAUAGCCAGUCAAGUUCGUCAAAGCAAAAGAAAAAGGCUAAGUCACAACAGUACAAAGGACACAAGAAAAUGACUUCACUGCAGCUGAAGGAGGAGUUGCUAGAUGGAGAGGAGUAUAACUUUCUUCAAGGAGCAUCUGAUCAGGAAAGCAAUGGGUCUGCCAGCUACUACAUCAAACAAGAACCAUAAGGCAGCUCAAAAAUGUGAGGGGCAGGGUGGUGAUAGUAGAGAAAAGAGCCUUUCUCCAAGACUGACUGACUGAUUUUGUUCCCAUUUCGAUGGUACAGUUGCAGAGCUGUACUUGGGGCACUUUGCUAACUGUAGAUGAAACUUCAGUUGCAAAAUUUUUGGACGGGCAGGGAAACUAUUUUAGUGAAAAAAUUUUACAAUUUAUUAAACAAAAAAUGACAUUUUUGUGUUGUAUUUGAAGCUUUUGAAAGAAUUUUGUAAUAUUUUCAAAUUCAGAUUUAUUGUGCAUUCUUAAACUGAAAUUCUAAUUUUUUGGUAAAAUUAAAGUUUAAUUAGCAGGAUUGCAGGAAACUGUUUGAGGAGGAUAUAGUUGCAAAUACAAAUGAACUGUCAUUACAAAUGAACCUUGUUGGUACAAGUUGGGAGAUUUUGGACUUUUGUGAGCUGUAUGAGUCACACCUCUGGUUUUUCAUUAUGAAAAUACUGAAGUCCUGACUUUGGGGCAUAAAAACAUAUACAUGGUUUAAGGGGACCAGCCCUGCCAAGCCUUACUUGUGUGAGUAGCCCAAUUUCAAUGUGGGUGCUUCCAUGAAGUGUGGUAUUAACUUUUCAAGAUGGUUACUCCAUUUAGGGCCUGAUUCAAUGCCCAUUGAUUUCAGUGGGUCUUGGAUUGGGCCCUUAAUCUUGGGAUGCUCAAGUAAAUGUUUACAGAGCCCUGUGUUAAACUGGAACUUCAGCAGAUUCUCUUGUGGAAAAUUACAUGAAACUAAGAGUUUAAACUAGAAAUUCAGGACCUUUUCCUGUUUCCUGUUUGGAUGGAAAACAUGUUUGGGGGAGGAGGGAAUCUGAGGACCUUUUUUCUGGUUUUAUUCCCCAGAAAAAUCUAGACUCCUGCUUUCCAUCUCUUCAAAUAUUUGUGUAUGUUGGUAUCCUCCAGAGAUGUACCAGAUGAACUAGAAAAAUACUUACUAUGAAGGCAAAAAUUUACUCUCAGUUCUGCAGAGGUUUUAAUAUUCUGCUCUCCAAGAAUAUAACAAUGGAGUUGGGAUCUGAAAAAAAAAUAAUUAUUUUUGGUAAAUUGGACUCAUUUGGUUCUAGAAGACUGGAAUCCUUCCAGUCUCACUUUAAUCGUCCCAUUAUUUUUGACUCUUUAACUGAACAGAUAUUUUUAGACAUUCGCAGGAGAUUAUAGUGACUAACAUCAACAUAUGAGGAUUUUUAAUAAGUGCUGAAUAAUUUAAUCCCCUCUCCCAUUUUUAAAUCCAUGUGGAUUUUGGCAGGUGGCCUAAUUCUUGGAGUUGAUUAGCAGCCUGAUUUUUUUCCACCCUGCAGAGUUGUGACUGGAAGAAUGGGCAUUGAGAGCUUUAGCUUUUACCAGUAAGGUUCAUUAUCUAAACUCUCAGGAAUAAACUGCAUACCGUAUGUUCUAUAAGUGCUUCUGGGUCUUUGCAGGUUCCCUUCAGAGCAGUACAUGAUCAUCUGACUCUUGACCCAUACAGUAGGGCUUAGAAGAAAUCAAUCAAAAUUAUUAACUUCUAUGGUCCUUCAGCCUAAGAAAUGCUUUAACGAUAUCAGCCCACAGAGCCCCAGGAUACCAUUUUUUUGGUAUAUUAUUGUUUGAACUUUAAAAAAAAAAUGCAUAGAAAGUUGAAAACCAGCAAUUUGAUUAUUUUCUAGAAUAUUGCUCUAACUUUGGGUACAAGCAUUGUUAAUAUGCACAGGUUUACCUCAUUCUAUGCAAGAGAGGAUAAUGUAAAGUUUUGUAGUUACUACUGAAAGUAAAACUUGUCCUGUAUAGUGUAGGAAUGUAUGGAAACCUUUUCUCCUCUCCCCCAGUCACAUUUUUGUAAUAUUGACCCCUUUUUUGAAAGCUGGUUAUCAGGUGUGAAAUAUCGGUGAGUUCAGGUGGAAAAGAUAUUUUAGCUCUAAAAUACGCAUAUUAAAAGUACUCAAGGUUGACCAGUUUCAAAUUUACUCCCUUCAGCCCCCGGUCCCUGCAAUUCAUUUACUUUAUUUAAAACGCAAAAGAAAAAAGAAAAAAAAUUAAAAAUCAGAGCCUUCCAAAACAAGGGCUGCAAUGUAGUUUUACAAUCCUGGUUCUUGGUCAGAGGGAUGGAAAGGCAAGUCCAGGAUUUUGGAUGACAUAUGCUUGAAACAAAGGCAUUUUGGUGAGCCUCGGUCACACCAAGUACUGUCUCUGUCACCUAUCAAAAAGUCAGAUUCUGCUGGUACUUCCUCAGGUUGGUUAGUAUUUGAAUGCAUUGAUGUCACUGGGAUUAGUUGCACGCAAUAUAAAGCAAAGCUGGUGGAAUUAGGCCCACAGAGCACAAGGGAUGCAUGAGAUGCAUCUGCUUUCAUAAAGCCUCUACUUCCAUAGAAUAACACUUAAGCCACGUCUAUACUUGUGGCUAAAUUGGCACUGCUGUAAAUCGAUGCAGUGGUGUCGAUUUAGUGGGUCUGGUGAAGACAAGCUAAAUUGAUGGCAGAGUGCUCUCCCAUCAGAUGUCUGUAUGCCACCUCCCCGAAAGGUAAGUCGGCGGGGGAGUGUUUCCCAUCGACGUAGCGUGGUGUAGAGACCGCUGUAAGUUGACCUAAGUUAGCGUAACUUAGAUCGAUUUACAGCAUUAGUGUAGACUAGCCCUAGUGGCACAAGUAGCCCAUUUGACUUCAGGAGAACGGCUGUUGUAUGAAUAAGGGUUGAUGUGAAAAAGAGUUGUGGAAUUGGGCCCAUAGUUACACGUCAAAUCGUGAGGGCAAAAAAUCCAGAUUCCUGGGCUUAUGUUUGUUGCCCAGCUUCAGAACUUGGAUUAUCCAAACUAUUAUAGCCCUGAAUUGGGCUAGAUUUUAAGGGGACUCUUCGGAUUUUUUUUUAUAGUAAAAUGCACUUGUAGGGGGAGAGGUGGAGAAUUGUGUGUCUCACAUUUGGGGGUCUGUCAACCUUUAUAAUAUUCCUUGAAAAUGGUUAUUUAAAAACUAAACAUGGCUAUCUGCAAGCUGAAUUCCACCCUCAGAUACACAUGCUGACUUUGGUGGGAAUUUCAUGUGUAUUUGAGGGUGGAAUUUCAGUCUGGUUUCUGAAUCCAAAGAAUACCUACCUGUCAAGUACAGAGAAACCUAUCCUAAGCAAAGCAUGUAAGGAAUCACCUAAAAUCACAUGCUUGGGAGAGGUUUGUUUAUGUAAAAGUUGAGCAAAAUUGUACUAGAUUCAUACUUGGAGUGGUCUUUAAAGUGGUCUCUUAAAACAGUGGGGUUACCUGUUGGCAGUGGUAUCUUUAGUACAGGCUUCACUGAAUAUGUACUAGUAUUAAUUAAUAACAUGGUUCAAAGAAUUUUCUUCCUUCAUUCUACUGUGAACCAUGUUACUUGGCUAAAAGAAAGGUGAGGUGUUAAAAGUCUGAAAUCUCUAUUGACGUCUAAAGUUGGGAUCAACAGUUAUUUCAAUAUUUGGCAUAGCAAGUUUUUGUAACCAAGGGGUAGUGCAAAUAACUAAACUUACCUUGUAACAGCCCCCUUCUUUAUGGCUCAGAAUGAAUUUUACUGCUGACCUUGAUUUUAUGUUUUAAAUGCAACUUCUUAACCUUUUCCUUGCUGUGUAUAAGGAAAGCUAAAGCAGUUAUCAAUUUCUUGUUUUACGGAUACUAACACGGGUUUCAGUGUUUGUUUGUUUUUAUUAUUGUUGUUUUUAUGUGAUGUGAAUACCCUCUCCCACCAAUAUUUGUACUAUGGUGCUAAUAUAUAUUUGGUAACAAUCCUUUAUUGGGAAGGGAUUAAAAAACUGUGAUUAAACUGAAUUUUUCUUCCUUUUAAUUUUCAUAUUUAAAAAAGAGUCACAGCCAUUUAUACAACAAAAAGCAUCAGCUUUUGCCCUUGGGAAAAUAUAUUGGGGUGGGAAUCAAGAUUAAAUGAAUAGGGUUUUUACAUCAUUUCUGUAUGUAUUUGAUAUAUAGAUCAAUAUCUGUACAAAUUUAAUCUUUUAUUUUCUUGGUAAUUUGUGUGGUCAAUGAGAGAGUGUUUAAAACUUUCUCAUGAAAUGUAUAUAACUAAGUGAAAAAUGCUUUUGGAGAAAUUAAUGUUACUUUCAUUUUUACCAGACUGCAGAUUUUCAGCAUGGAUGUGAAAAGCAUUAAAAUUAUAACUUUGUGUACAAGAUGAAAAUAAUUCACUAAAUUUGCCUUUUUUACACAAAAUAAAAAUGUUAAACUAAGACCA